AUGUGCAUCCCAGAUCCUAUUUGGGCCUAUCGACCCCAGAUAAAUUUUAGGAAGACGGAGUUCCCCAUCCAGCUGCUGGCCGGCGGCUUUCGGGGCGGCGGCGACUUGUGGCAGCUCCGCCGGCCCUACGGGGUCGCCAGAGAUUCCUCGGGAAACACCUAUGUCUCCGACACCAUGAACCAUCGCGUGCAGCGAUGGGUUUCCAUGGACCAAGCUGGGGAGACGGUGGCUGGCACCGGUGCGCCCGGAGGAGGCCUGGAUCAGCUGAAGUUCCCUCGGGGCAUCUGGUUGGAGGGCGACGUCCUCUACAUUGCUGACAGCGGGAACCACCGCAUCGUGAGUUGGAAUGUGGCAGCAGGAGAUACCAGUGGUACUUUGGUGGCAGGAGAGCUGGGAGUGCUUUACGAUCGGCAAGGCCAGAUCCUGGGCUAUGAGAGUACCUGCUGCCGGGGCGGCUCAGGUGCUGCUCAGCUGCUCGAACCUUUUGGGAUGUUUGUGGCUUCCAGCGGGGACCUUUACAUUGCGGACACGGGCAACGACCGGAUCGUGCACCUCAGCGGUGGCGUGUCCUCCGUGCUGGCAGGACUUGCGUGA